AUGGCAGCUACAGCUCAACACGCAUCUAGAUUUACUAGGUUUUUAAAUUCAGAAACUGGUCCAAAAACGGUUCAUUUUUGGGCACCAGUGUUUAAAUGGGCCUUGGUCAUUGCUGGUAUUAAUGAUUUACAAAGACCGAUAGAGAAAUUAAGUGGUACUCAACAAAUUGCUUUAUUUGCUACUGGAGCUAUAUGGACUAGAUGGGCAGGUUUUGUUAUAAAACCAAGAAAUAUGCUUUUAGCUUCAGUCAAUUUCUUUUUAGGUGCUGUUGCUGGCUAUCAAAUUACUCGUAUUGUCAAUUAUAGAAGAAAUUUAGGAGACUCACCAAUGCAAGUUUUCAAAUACUUAUUAAAUGGUGAUCCAAAUGCUCCAACUGAAGUUAAAGCAAAUUAA